CAGUUUUCACCAAAGCUCAAAGCCCAAAAAGCCCAUUAUGGACCCAGGGGAGGGGAUCCUUCGCCCUUCUGCUCCGGACCCUGCCUGCCUGCUAGAGAUGGUCAGAUGUAUAUAACUAUCAACUGCCUACCUGGCUUUUCCAAAUCGCACUGAUAACAGCAAAUGUAAUGAAGCUGGCAUACAAACCUCCUUACGAAAGCUUUGCUCGGCGCGUCCUUCUGAAUCUAAAUAGUAAAUACUGAAGCAGGGAGAGCCUUCCCGAAUCCCCAAAGGCAAAAGGAAAAGCCCAUUUUGACAUUACAAAAUAGUAGGAAAAUCCUCUCUUUGCCUUUCUCCUCUAAAACACCAAAAUUAGGGUUUCGAAAACCCUAACCCUACCAUAGCCCCUUCAGAUCCCACCUCUUUUUUGGUCUCUUUCUCCUUCAAUUAGAUUAGGGGUUUUAAUUAAAAGUAUAUCUACAAAUCUCCUGUACUUGUUUUUUAUUCUGAUUUCCAGCGACAAUGGCGGAGCACUUGGCCUCAAUCUUCGGUACCGAGAAGGACCGCGUGAAUUGUCCCUUCUAUUUCAAGAUUGGAGCAUGCCGGCAUGGGGACAGGUGCUCACGGCUCCACAACCGACCGACGAUCUCCCCAACCCUCCUGCUGUCGAACAUGUACCAGCGCCCGGACAUGAUCACCCCCGGUGUGGACGCUCAGGGCCAGCCUAUCGACCCCCGCAAGAUCCAGGAGCAUUUCGAGGACUUCUACGAGGACAUCUUUGAGGAGCUCAGCAAGUUUGGUGAGAUCGAGAGCCUCAACAUUUGUGACAACCUGGCCGACCACAUGAUUGGAAACGUGUAUGUUCAGUUCAGGGAGGAGGACCAGGCGGCAGCCGCCCUACAGGCACUUCAAGGAAGGUUCUACUCUGGUCGACCUAUCAUUGCGGAUUUUUCCCCAGUCACUGAUUUCCGCGAAGCCACUUGUCGGCAGUACGAGGAGAAUAACUGUAACCGUGGGGGUUACUGUAAUUUUAUGCAUGUGAAGGUAAUAGGGAGGGAGCUGAGAAGGAAGCUCUUUGGAAGGUACCGCAGGUACAGAGGGAGUCGGAGCAGGAGUAGGAGUGCCAGUCCACGCCACAAGCGUGAUAGGGAGUUUAGGGACCGCGAUCGUGACCGUGACCGUGAUGAUCAUCGCGACAGGAAUGGGCGAAGACCUGGUAGGUAUGACCGUGAAAGCGGUGGUGGUAGGAGAAAGCAUGGGAGUCCUAGGCGAAGCAGAAGCCCUCCACUUGCUAGGGAAGGGAGUGAGGAGCGGAGAGCCAGGAUUGAACAAUGGAACCGAGAGAGGGAAGAGAAGGUAUUCAGAUCAUUUUAUUUUUGGGGGGUUAUGUUUCUGCAACUCGAACUUUAAGUCUUCAUUUUUAGCGGUGAGUGGAACCAUUUCUAGCUGUUACAAUGGUCUAUUUCUUGUAGUGUCAAUUUUAAAGGUGGUACUUGUUUCUCUGUUGCAUAGCUCUUUUUAGUGGAUGUUUAAAGCUUCAGGGUACUUUCUUCGCACUUUUAUCUAGGAUUACUGAGGUUUUCACUCCUUCACUUCUACUUUCUAAUUAAUUGCGUUAUUUUAAUCCUCUGUUUUGGUCUGAUUCUUAUGUUUUCUUUAUGCUCAACUGUAAGUCUGCCUUAGGCUGUUCGUAUUUUAGUGCUUUUGGCGUGGAAGACUAUUGCUUACUAUCACUGCUACUGCCUUACAACGAAGCAAUUCUUCUGAAGGAUCUUUGUCCUUUGCCAAUUAUAAUUAAUAGCUUUGCUUAACGCAAUUAAUUUGUGAAUCGGUUGAAGCUCUGGGUGUCUUACUGUAAAAGAAUUCAGGCUGCUUUUGGUGGGGAAGGCUGCCAGUGUAUUUGCUGGCUCUUACUGCCACUACCAUUCAUUUAUUUCCCUGUAUUAAUUUCUGUUGCUACGAAUUUAAUUGUUCCGUCGAAUAUCCAGGAAGGAGACCCUCUUAGGCAAAAUUCUAAAACCAUUUUCAUUUGUCAAAAUUUCCCCUAGGAUAUCAUGAAUUAUGCCAGUGGCGGCCUGCGCCUCUCCUAUUUAAGUUAUAUUAUGGGGAAAGUCCCCUUUUUUGGCCAUCUAUAAGUUGACUCCCGGGAAAUUGCCUCUUUUUUUUUUUCUCUCGUUUCCUUCUAAUAUGGUCUCUUCCUGGAUUGUCCUUCACCUUCUCAAGAUUCAAUGGGAUGGCUUUUAAGUAUGUUGCUUGAGAAUGGUUCAUACCAAUGUUUGAAGCAAAUUCUGAUCGAACUACUAAUGCUUUCUUUCAAAUACAUUUCUCUCAUGCAAAAAAUUCUUACCCAAGCAUUCUGUGACAGCUCAUAGCUACUGUUUAGAAAUUCUUCCUCAUAAUUUGUAAAUUCUUUUUCUUAGGAGGAAAAAAAGUUUGUCUUUUAAGAACUUAUACUACAAUAACAUAAUAGGAGUGAUAAUGGUAAUUUGGUUCAGUUUUUUUAAAUA